AUGAAUGAGCAAUUUCUGAAUUGUAGAUUGUGCUCUAUAGAGUUCGAUUAGGCUAUGCACUUGCCAAGCUUGUUAAAUGAAUGCGGGCACACUGUCUGUGAGUAGUGUAUAAAAUCUUAAGAAGGGCAUUUCAGAUUUCCUGCGGAUGAGUAAUGUUCAUAUUUAGCAUUCCAGAACACUCUAGGAAUGUUAGAUCGAUGGCUUUUCUAUCAAUACAACCUUAUUCUAAUUAAAAUAAAAACCAAAAUAGAAUGAUCUUUUGAAACUCAAUAGCUUAGUGUAUACAAGAAUAAUUCAACUCUAAAAUUUCUAAAAAUAAAUUUUAAGAUUCUUAAUUAAUUCCUAUCUCUAUAUAAAAUACCAUAUCCCAAAGCUAAAAAUAAAAGAGAUGAGAUAUUGUAGAAAAUUGAAAAUAAAUUCAAUAAUCUCAUUACAACAUUAGAAUGGGAAAAAUGGAGUUACUCAGCCAGAUAGACAUGAAGUAUGAAUAAUCUCCAUUUUGCUUAUUACAAAUUGAUUUUUAAUUUUAGAUGGAUGAGCUUGUACCAAGAUGUAGUAUUUUUUGAUAGUUAUGUUUAAGACUUUUUAAUUUAUAUCACAGACCUAUUCAUGUCCUUUUUAGAUGCUAAUUAGAAGAGCAUUUAUGCAUAGAUUUUUUCAUUAUUAUUAUUUAUAGGAAGCUAAAUAAAUUGAUUAGCAUUGUUUUUAUAGGUGUGAAAAAAACCAAAAGAAUGUUUUUAGUUCAGCUCAGAUCGGCAAUUCGCAAUAGAAAGAAUAAUGUCUUACAAAAAAGAUAUUUGAUGAAUUGAAAUAGAUCUAAAUUCAUCCAGCAUUGUCUAAAAAAAAUGAAUGA